AUGGCAUUGCCAAUCCGGAACCAGAGCGAGAUUUAUGAUUCUGAGAAGAAUGUGGCGAAAGUGAUGGGGAGUUUCCUUAGGGUCAAGCAACCUCUCUACCGAAUUGAUGGGCUGACUCUGCACUACGAUGACCCCGUGCUCGUUGGAAUCGGCAAGAAACAAAACAAGACCAAUGCUCAGGUUGCACUUGCUUGGGGCAUUUCGCAAGGACACUCUGUACUGCCCAAAUCAGAGACACCGUCGAGAAUCCAGGCGAAUCUAGCGGGUGACUUUAAACUAGAUGCAGAGGAUAUGAAAAAGAUUUAG